AUCGGAGUAAUCAGUUCCUUAGCACGUUCAGACAAACAAACAAACACUUCAACUUUAUAAUAUUAGUAUAGAUAGGUACAUAGAUUAAAGUAGAUGUAAUAUUUCGAAGAGAUAGGGAUUGGUAUAUAAUACCACAUUCAGAUUCUUGGAAAACACUUUAAGGCUAUCUUCAGUCAUGCGUUUCAUCAUCUUCUUGGCCCUUUUGGGCACCGCUUUGGCGAACCCAAGGAGCAUGAGCCGUAUAGUCGGGGGCACACCUACUUCCAUCUCGGCGUAUCCUUACAUGACGAACAUGCAGAGAAACGUCCUGGGUAUCUGGUGGGCGCAAAGUUGCGGAGGAUCUCUCCUCACUAGAACCUCCGUGCUCUCCGCUGCUCACUGCUUCCACGGUGAUUUUGCUUGGCAAUGGCGCGCAGUCCUCGGUAGUUCUCUCUCAGACAGCGAAGACAUCGUGCACACACUCAACCGAGUUAUUCUACACCCGCAAUACGACCACAGUGCUCUGAACUUCGACGUAGCCAUCCUGCACUUCAACAACCCAGCCGUUUACUCUAACAACGUGCAGGCCGGUAGCAUCGCUGGAUCUAACUACCACGUUGCAGAUGGAGCCACUGUCACUCAUAUCGGAUGGGGCAGACUUUGGGAUCAAGGGCCGACAUCCCAGCAGCUUAUGCGCGUCGACGUGAACAUCAUCAACCACCAACUUUGCACAGAACGUUACGCCUAUCUGAAGUCUCAGGAGAACUAUGGCUGGUUGCCCGACGUGACGAGCAACAUGCUUUGUGCUGGGGUCUUAAACGAGGGUGGUCGGGACGCCUGCGGGGGAGACUCCGGCGGUCCCCUGCUACACAACCAUGUUAUCGUCGGAAUAACCUCGUGGGGCUAUAGAUGCGCACAUCCCCUCUACCCCGGUGUGAAUGCUCGUGUUUCGUAUUUCUCUAACUGGAUUGUGGCCAAUGCUUAGAUGCGUUAUUUUAUGAGCUAUGUGGUGUCUUAUACUAUCAAGGAAUCUUUGUAUGUGUUAUUUGAUGUAGGCUAACAACUU